AUGGAAUUGACAAGUUACCUGAGGCUGUGGUUGCGAUCAGCAGGCUACCUGAGGCUGUGGUUGCUAUCAGCAGGCUACCUGAGGCUGUGGUUGCUAUCAGCAGGCUACCUGAGGCUGUGGUUGCUAUCAGCAGGCUACCUGAGGCUGUGGUUGCUAUCAGCAGGCUACCUGAGGCUGUGGUUUGCUAUCAGCAGGCUACCUGUGGCUGUGGUUGCUAUCAGCAGGCUACCUGAGGCUGUGGUUGCUAUCAGCAGGUUACCUGUGGCUGUGGUUGCUAUCAGCAGGCUACCUGUGGCUGUGGUUGCUAUCAGCAGGUUACCUGUGGCUGUGGUUGCUAUCAGCAGGUUACCUGUGGCUGUGGUUGCUAUCAGCAGGCUACCUGUGGCUGUGGUUGCUAUCAGCAGGUUACCUGUGGCUGUGGUUGCUAUCAGCAGGUUACCUGUGGCUGUGGUUGCUAUCAGCAGGCUACCUGAGGCUGUGGUUGCUAUCAGCAGGCUACCUGUGGCUGUGGUUGCUAUCAGCAGGUUACCUGUGGCUGUGGUUGCUAUCAGCAGGCUACCUGAGGCUGUGACUCUGGAGGAGCCGCCCUACCUGACAGUGGGCACUGAUGUCAGCGCCAAGUACAGAGGUGCUUUCUGUGAGGCCAAGAUUAAGACUGCCAAGAGACUGGUCAAGGCUAAGGUGACCUUUAAACCAGACCUGACCACAGUGGAGGUCCAUGAUGACAGCAUCCAAGGCCCUCUAAAGGUUGGUGCUGUAGUAGAGGUGAAGAACCCUUAUGGAGUGUACCAGGAAGCUUCCAUCAACAAGCUGACAGACUGCAGUAUAUACACUGUUGUGUUUGAUGAUGGUGAUGAGAAGACACUGAGGCGUUCCUCUCUCUGCCUGAAAGGAGCACGUCACUUUGCAGAGAGCGAGACACUAGAUCGCCUUCCUCUCACCAACCCUGAGCACUUCGGCACUCCUGUCAUCGGCAGGAAGGGGAACCGGGGACGCAGGUCCAAUCCAGUUCAGGAGGAGGAGCCAUCUUCGUCGUCCAGUGAAGAGGAGGAGAGUGACAGGAGACAGAAUGAAGAGCUGUUUGGGAAGGUGGUGUGUGUUGAGGGGAGUUCUGCCUCUACUGGAGACUGGAAGAACAAGACCACAGCGUGGUACCCUGCCCUGGUCAUCACCCCAGACUGCCAUGAAGAGGCCAUCAUAAAGAAAGACAGUAUCUUCAUCCGCUCCUUCAAGGAUGGAAAAUUUAACACAUGUGCGCUGGAUGAGGCUCUGGAGUUUGUGCAUCAGGCGGCAGUGCCCAGCUCCUGGAGGACAGAAGUGAAGGACGAGAGUUCCAGCAGUGAGGAAGAUGAUGAUGAUGAGGAAGAACAGGAGGAAGACGCCAGCGAUGAAGAGGAGGAGGAAGUGGAGCCCUUCCCUGAGGAGAGAGAGAACUUCUUGCAGCAGCUAUACAAGUUCAUGGAGGACAGAGGAACCCCCAUCAACAAGAAACCAGUCCUGGGCUACAGGAACCUGGACCUCUUCAAGCUCUACAGACUGGUGCAGAAACUCGGAGGCUUCCAUGAUAUUGAGAGUGGAUCCGAAUGGAAGACUGUCUACCAGGCUCUGGGAAUCCCUGUGCUUAACUCUGCCGCAGGCUACAACGUCAAAUGUGCUUACCGCAAGUACCUGUAUGGGUUUGAGGAAUACUGCACCUCCUGCGUCAUCACUUUCCGUAUGGACCUACCCCUGAAGCAGCCCAAGGCGGAGGGGGAGAGUGGGGAGGCAUGGUCAGGGGGAGCCGUCCCCCCUGUAGCCUCCUCCAGCUGUGGAGAGGAACAGAAGCAGAAUGUAUCUGAGAAAUCCUCAGCGCGCUCAGAGACCAGCAGCGCUCAGCCUGACAUCUACAAGGAGGAGAAGACUGAGCUGACCAAGGACAAACCUGAGGCAGAACCUUUGAAGCCUGUGCAGCGAAUGGCUGAAAGGGAAGGUGAUGAUGACAAUGAGGAAGAAGAUGAUUAUCACAAGCAUGAGUCUGAUGAUGAAGACUGGCCUUCAUUUGCUCGCCUCAGAGUAAAGCUGGAACCUUACGAUGAGGAACAGGAGGAAGGGAAGGAGGAGGACAUCUCUGGCUCUGGGGAUGAGAGCUGCAGUCAGGAGGGCGAUGGUGGUGAUGAGGAUCUGGGGGAGGAAGGGGAGGAGUUUGAGUGUUACCCCCCGGGGAUGAAGGUGCAGGUGAGGUAUGGGCGUGGUCGCAGCCUGAAGACGUACCAGGCCACUGUGAAAGAUGCUGACGUGGAGGGGGGAGAGGUGCUCUACCUGGUUCACUACUGUGGCUGGAACAUCAGAUAUGACGAGUGGGUCAAAGCCGACAAGAUUGUCCGUCCGGCCAAUAAGAAUGUUCAGAAGAUUAAGCAUCGCAAGAAAAUAAAGAACAAAGCGGAGAGAGAGCGCAACCGCCUGGAACGACUGAACCAGGACCUGGGGAGUCCAUCCCCCAACAACCUACGUGUCCCCCGCCCCUCCUCCAAACUCCUCGGCCCUGGCUAUGGCUCAUGUCCCGGCUUGGCCCACCAUGUCUUCUCCAAGAUGGAGGACGCCUCAGAUAGUUCAGCAGAUGACAUUGAUCACCAGGAUGAGGAGGGUGAUUGUGAAGACGAAGAUGACCGUCCAGGGGGGCGCUGCGGUCUCAGAAAGGGGGGUACCCCAGAACAUGUCAGAAAGGGGGUUCCACCCGAACCACCUCGCGCAUUAGACCACUGGGAGGGUGCCACCUUUACCGAUGUCCCCAAAACACCAUUGAUCGCAGGAAAUGGCCAAGAACCAAUCAACAAAGAUGCCCCGGAGGCGGUGAAAUGGCGAAGCCAACCAGUGUUUGAGGGUGAGAGGGAGGGGCCGGGUAGCUCUGCCUCGAGGAAGAGGAAGUCAGAGGGAGUAACCCGGGAGCGGUCGGAACGCACCCCUAAAGGACCCCUGUCCAAAACCAAGCUCCCCACCCGGAGCAUCAGGAACGCUGACUGGCUGUCGAGAAACCCCAGGAAGGCCAGGGAGAGAGAAGGAGGGGAGGAGGGGGAGGAGAGAGGAGGACCAGCAGGAGGAGGCUCUUCUAGUAGCAGCUCUGACGAUGAGGGAGGAGCACCACCUCCCACUGAUCCCAACCAAUCAGAGACCAACCGAGAGAGAGAGCAACCCAGUUCCUGUCCAAAAUCCAAACGUUCCCCCUCCAAGAAGUACAACGGCAUGAAGGACAAGACCGACAAAAGAGGCGGGAGUGGCAGUGGCGCCCGCCCUGCGAGAUUCUGGGAUAUUCCUGAGAAGAGGGCCAAGAUGGCUGCUACAGCAGAUGAGAGGGAGAGGCAGGUGGGUGGGGGGCGCACCAAGGGCCAGAAGGAUGUGUGGUCCAGUAUUCAGGCCCAGUGGCCCAAGAAGACCCUGAAGGAGCUGUUCUCUGACUCCGACACAGAGGCUGCUAACUCCCCUCCUCCCCCUGGAACGGCUCAGUCCUUCUCAUCAGGCCUGGAGGAGAGGGAGAGCAAAGGGGAGCGGAACGGGGAUGGAGACGAGGCAGGAGGAGGCCCGGAGAGGGAGGACCCUGGGACCUCAGAGGAGAACCAGGAGAAGGAGAGGAGGAGUGAGCAGGAGGAGUUACCCCCCAGCGGCUCUAACUCAGUACUCAACACCCCUCCUACAACCCCAGAGUCCCCCUCCAUGGAGGGUAUUAGUAGUGGAGCCAUUGCGCAAAGCUCUGGAACUGGUUCAAACUGGACUCAGCCUUCCUCUCCUCCCCUCUCCACAGGGACCCCUGCACUGUGUAAAACCCCCUUCUCUGACCCCCUGACUCCAGGAUACCCCAACCCCCUGACUUCAGGACACCCCAACCCCCUGAACCCAGGGUACCCCAACCCCCUGACCCCAGGACACCCCAACCCCCCCCAGGACACCCCAAGACACCCCAACCCCCUGACUCUGGGGCUGACCCCAGGACACCCCAACCCUCUAACUCCAGGACACCCCAACCCUCUAACUCCAGGACACCCCAACCUUCUGACCCUAGGACACCCCAACCCCCUGACCCCAGGACACCUCAACCCCCUUCCGGGUCACAGUGAGACAGAAAGCAGUACGGUGGAGGUGGAGAGUCUGGACCAGGACUUACCCCCAGACGUGGGGGUGGUUCCUAAAACUCCCCGACACCGUUUCGUUCCUCGCGGAGACGUGGGGGUGGUUCCUAACACACUCUGGCACCGUUUCGUUCCUCGUGGAGACGUGGGGGUGGUUCCUAACACGCUCUGGCACAGUUUCGUUCCUCGUGGAGACGUGGGGGUGGUUCCUAAAACUCCCCGACACCGUUUCGUUCCUCGCGGAGAUGUGGGGGUGGUUCCUAACACGCUCCGACACCGUUUCGUUCCUCGUGGAGACGUGCGGGUGGCUCCUAACAUGCUCUGGCACCGUUUCGUUCCUCGUGGAGACGUGCGGGUGGCUCCUAACACGCUCUGGCACCGUUUCGUUCCUCGUGGAGACGUGCGGGUGGCUCCUAACACGCUCUGGCACCGUUUCGUUCCUCGUGGAGACGUGCGGGUGGCUCCUAACACGCUCUGGCACCGUUUCGUUCCUCGUGGAGACGUGGGGGUGGCUCCUAACACGCUCCGGCACCGUUUCGUUCCUCGUGGAGACUUGGGGAUGGUUCCGAACACUCCCCGACACCGUUUCGUUCCUCGCGGAGACUUGGGGAUGGUUCCUAACACUCCCCGACACCUCUUCAGCCUCCAAGACCCAUGCUGCAGCAGACAUGAAGGAGUCCAUCUCCCCAAGUGUCUCAGCCAGGGACAGGUUGAGGGACACACACCUCCAUCCAGCCAGAAGUACCAGAAGGAGCAGCAGCAUGGGUACCCUGACCACAGAGCGCACCAUGGCAGAACAGCAUCCGUCUACAAGUGGAGCGUCCAGAUGUCGGACCUGGAGAAGAUGUGUAGUCUGGAGAGGAUCUCCUUCCUCCAGGAGAAGCUGCAGGACAUCAGGAACCACUACCUGUCUCUCAAGUCUGAGGUGGCAUCCAUCGACAGACGACGCAAACGCAUCAAGAAGGAAGAGAGAGAGAGUACAGUGGCUGCAUCUUCCUCCUCCUCCUCUUCCUCGUCCCCGUCCUCCAGCUCUCUAACAGCAGCGGUGAUGUUGACACUAGUCGACACUCCUGUGUCGUCCUCUUCCUCCUCUCAGAACUCUGUGGUGUCUGUAGAGUGUAGGUGACAGGACACCCCUCACCAUCCCAACCUUCUGAGGCCCAGGACACAGCACUGAGCACCUAACCAGCACCACCCUGGUCCAACACCCAGGCCCCGUCAGCAUCCACCCAAGACACACAACGUUUCCCCAGGCCCCAUAACCUCCACCUAUACCCUAUAUUCACCCUGACCCAACAGAACAGCCCCCAACCAGGCACCAUCACCCUCAUCUCCACCACUCCCAAGCCCAACUGACAACCCACCCAGGCCCCUCCACGCCAACACCCUUCCAACAGAACGGACAACCCACCCAGGCCCCUCCAACAGAACUGACAACCCACCCAGGCCCCUCCACGCCAACACCCCUCCAACAGAACUGACAACCCACCCAGGCCCCUCCAACAGAACUGACAACCCACCCAGGCCCCUCCACGCCAACACCCCUCCAACAGAACUGACAACCCACCCAGGCCCCUCCACGCCAACACCCCUCCAACAGAACGGACAACCCACCCAGGCCCCUCCAACAGAACUGACAACCCACCCAGGCCCCUCCACACCAACACCCCUCCAACAGAACUGACAACCCACCCAGGCCCCUAUACACCAACACCCCUCCAACAGAACUGACAACCCACCCAGGCCCCUCCACCAACACCC